AUGAUGUGGAAGUUACCUUCUAGAGUUAUAUCUAACUCUAUUAAACCAACUUUCCUUUCAAACGGUGUCUGGAAGUCUUUUCAUUCAUACUCGUUUCCACUUCUCAAUGAUACAUCGAUUUUUGGAGAUUUGACCAAGGCUCCACAGAAUUCAACACCACAAGUGCAAGAAAAUUCUAGUGUUUCCCAAGAAAAUGAGACAUCACCAGCUUCCACAUUGCCUAAAGACGACGAAGAGUUGAAAAAAUACCACCUCGAAGCCGCAGAAAGGGACCAAAUCGCAAUUGAAAAGUUUGUAACACCUUUAAAACGUAAAUUAUUUGAUUUAAAUGUAGCUACCAAUGGAUUCUACAAAAACAAUCAGGUUGUCAAGGAUCCAGAAACAAACAAGGUUUACAAACUUUCACUCUCCAACAGAGAGAUUGAAAUCUUGGAACCAAGUAUUUAUUUGCAAUCUUUGAGAAUAAAAUCUUCUGUAAAGAAGGCUACCGUAGUUAAUAGAUUUGUAAGAGGAUAUAAUGUUAAGACUGCGAUAACUCAGUUACACUUCAACCAAAAGAAAAUGGCAACUGAAUUGGAAAAAUUAUUAAAAGAAGGCUUGGAGUUGGCCAGAAGCAAGGGUUACGACGAUAAUAAAUUGUAUAUUCAAGAAGUUUGGUCUGGAUCGGAUGGUGAUACCAUGAGAAGACCGGACGUUAAGGGACGUGGUCGUGUAGGUGUGUUGCACCACAGGCACAUUCACGUCAAGGCCAUUUUAAAGACCGAGCAAACUUUGAAUAGAUUGAAGUGGGAAAAGGAACAAAAGGAAUUAAAUAGUAAGCCUAAGAUGAUUUUGAACAACGAGCCAUUAAAUUUCAGAGUGAAGUCAUUCUAUAAGUGGUAG